UCAUUCCAAGACUGACUCUGUGCUGGAAACAAUUAUUGCUACACUAAACAUUUUAUAUAAAUAAAUAUCCCAUAUCCCAGUCAAUCAGGUAAGCCAUACAAUUGCAGAAUGUACGCGUGCACCAUAUGUGGAAAGACGAAGGAAUCUAUUAACAAUCCGGAGUACGAUUUCCGUCGUCCAAGUACCAGCCCAGAGGAGCGUACCGUAGUGGGUUCCUCUGACUUAUGCAGCAAAUGUCAACAGCUCAGCUUUUUUGUCAACCUGGAGGAUAGUGAUGAUGAUGAUAAUGAUGAAAAGAAUGCGCCCGACUGGGUCCACCAGCAGACCGUUGAGGGUACUUCCACUUGUGAUUCGCAACAUGCCCAUCCGAAUCGACCGCCUGAGGUGCCGGUCCUGCAGAAGCGCCAUUAUAUGCGGCAGAAGAAGGCUCCAUUGACUACACCAACUGUAUGCGAGAAGCAGCAACACCCUGAGCUGGAGAAGAAGACUUCUUUGACUUUCUUUGCUCAUGGUGCAUCUCGGGUGGCAGAGUCGUAUGGAGUGGCGCCUCAAGAAGCGUGAGCCUGGUCGUUCUCUCCACGUUCUUCAAAAAAAAACGCAAGAAAGGAGAAGAAGAAGUGGAUGCCGGCAAAGGCAUCACUUCAAGAUGCAUUCAACAGCAAAAAGGCCACUACUUGGAGGCCGACUUGCCUAAGUCCAUCAUGCAACGUUGCGACUACGAGCUAAGCUUCCCGAAUCCAUGCCUAGCCACAGGCAUGCCAGCAUGGCCAGCCAAAUGCCAAUUCCGCACGGUUCUCAAUGACCAGGAGAUCCAGCAGGCAUUUAAGGAGAUCUUGCAGAAGGUUGCCCUCUCGUUGCAGAAAG